CCGUUUUUCUGCAAAGAGCAACCUGUAUGGCAAAGCUUCCUUUUCCAAAUAUGAGCCGUAGAAUCUCUCCUUUUAUUCCCACCCUUCUGCUUUUAUUCUGUCUUGGUUUGCAGCUCGCCAAUGGUAGUGUCACUGAUACUAUCGGACCAGGCCAGUCACUAACAACCUCGGAGACUAUUGUCUCUGCUAAGGGAAAGUUUGAACUUGGUUUCUUCUCCCCGGCAAAUUCGACUAGGAAUUAUGUGGGAAUAUGGUACAAGAAAGAUCCUAACCGCACCGUAGUUUGGGUUGCAAAUAGAGAGCGGCCAUUCCCAAAUUCCUCUGCCGUUCUAACCCUUAAUCCGGAUGGGAACCUUGUAAUAUCUGGCGGCAUAAUGCAGUACAUGGUGGCCAACACUUCUUCUGGGAACGAUACCUAUGCCAUGCUAUUGGAUACAGGCAAUCUCAGAGUUAUCAAGAGGGUCUCAGAUGUUGUUUUGUGGGAAAGCUUUGAACAUCCUACAGAUACUCUUUUGCCCGGAAUGAAAGUUAGUGAUGUCACCAAAGGAUGGUCAUUAACAUCAUGGAAAAGUACUGAAGACCCUGCUCCUGGUCUUUUCUCUAUGCAUCUCGGUUCUUGGAACGGGGGUUCUUGGAAAGAAUUAAUUGUAAUGAAGGGAUCUGAAACAUACUGGUCUAGCGCAUUCAUUGGUCUUUUGAAUGAUAUAUUAGUGAUUGAUGGGGAGUCCGUUACUUGGCGUAGUAAGUACACCGACAAAAUGUUAAGAAUAGUUUUAGAUGUAACAGGGCAGUUUAGACUGCUCGAAUCGAAAGAAGAUGGCCUGUCUUGGCAUUCGUUACCCUCGCCUAAGUGCGGAGCUUAUGCAUUAUGUGGUGCUUACAGCAUAUGCAGUGAGACAACCGAUAGAAGAUGUGAUUGUUUGCCAGGAUUUAAACAGGUGGUUGCUGAAGGAAAUAAGUCGAGUGGCCUAGGGUGUGUGAGGAAAAUUGAUCUCAAGUGCGGCAAUGAUACAAAAUUUUCCCCCUUGCCUCAGGUAGAUUGGCCCCGUAAUCCGAAAAAAUUGGACAUCAGCGACUCUGUAGAGUGCAUGUCAGCUUGCUCGACCGACUGUUCCUGUAUUGCUUAUGCUUAUGAUCAUCGAAAGCAUGAAUGCUUAGUAUGGGAAGGUCCUCUGCUAAAUGUGAAGCAGCUCUCAGAAGAUGACGGAUAUGGAAAUGAUUUUUAUCUGAAGCUUGAUCCUUCGGAAUCGAUUACGAAAGGUCAGCAAAAACACAAGGACUUGUUAGCUAUUGGUGACUGUUAUUGCUGUUGGAAUGGAACUGUAACAUCUCCAGGACAUAAGAACACGAAGGUUGCAGGACUAUUGUGGGCAAUCAUCAUACCAACCGUAUCUUUUGCACUGGUAUUCAGUCUUCUUGUUUAUUGUGCGAGGAGAAAGAAGGAGCUCAAAAGAAAGGGGGACAAUUUGUUACUGUUAGAUUUGACCAUAGAGUCUAAUAGUUCGGAGCUUACUGAAUCAAGUAGGCAUGGGGAUAGCAGAAGAGGCAAAGUCAAAAUGCCAUUAUUCAGUUUUGCAAGUGUUUCUGCUGCAACUGGUAAUUUCUCGCCUGGAAAUAAGCUUGGCGAGGGCGGUUUUGGACCCGUUUACAAGGGAACGUUACAGAGAGGGGAUGUAGCUGUAAAAAGACUUUCAAGAAAAUCUGGGCAAGGUUGGGAGGAGCUAAAGAACGAAGCAAUGCUCAUAGCCACUCUCCAACACAAGAAUCUUGUUAGACUUUUGGGCUGCUGCAUUGAAGGAGAUGAAAAGAUACUAGUUUACGAGUAUAUGCCAAAUAAAAGCUUGGAUUUCUUUAUUUUUGAUGCAGAAAAGCGCAAGAUACUAGACUGGGGGAAACGGAUUCAAAUCAUUCAAGGGGUUGCUCAAGGACUUCUUUAUCUUCAUCAGUAUUCCAGGUUAAGGAUUAUACAUAGGGACUUGAAGGCUAGCAACAUUUUGUUGGACACCGACAUGAAUCCCAAAAUAUCAGAUUUUGGAAUGGCAAGAAUAUUUGGAGGAAACGAGUCAGAAGCAAAUACCAAUAGGAUCGUGGGCACACAGGGUUACAUGUCACCUGAAUAUCUUAUGCAAGGUGUCUUCUCCAUCAAAUCUGAUGUCUUUAGCUUCGGUGUCUUGUUGUUAGAGAUUUUGAGUGGCCGGAAGAACACUGGCCAUCUUUUGGGAUAUGCGUGGGAAUUAUGGAGUACUGAGAAGGGAUCAGACAUAGUGGACCCGUUGCUCCUUGAUGAUAUGUGCUCCAUGUCUGUGGUGUUGAGAUGUAUUAACAUUGCUCUCCUCUGUGUACAAGAAAGUGCAGCGGAUAGACCUACAAUGUCCGACGUUGUUGCAAUGCUUAGCAAUGAUAGUAAAGUUCUACCUUAUCCCAACCAACCUGGUCUCAUGUUUGUGAGAAGUAUGGUGAAGGCAAUCCCAAUCAGUGGCGUGUCAGACUUCUCUUAUCUGAAGAAUGAAACGGUUUCAAUAGUUGAAGGCCGUUAAGCUUUGAAAGACGGGCCAUAAGCAUUAUGCUAUCUGUGUAAAUCAUCAGAAAAACAUUCUGUUAGGUUGCCCACGGGUUGUACUUCCCUUUUUCCUGUUUUAUGUCAAAGUCCACUCAACAGAGUGAGCAGUGUGUUUGGGAUUUUUGAGUCUUUAGCCGUAGAACCUGUUAAUAUGGUUAUGGUAUUAUAGUCAAUCCUGUUACAUAUGCAAUGAAUAUAUGUAACUUUCGAGAGAGAGUCAAUGUUGUUA